GUCUGUGCUGGGUGUCUGGUGCUGGAGCACUAAAAGCAGGUCCUUGGGCGAGACUUUCUCUCAGGAACCCCUUACCCACUUGCCCCCAGAUUUGCACCACAAAGUGUCCCCUGCACCUUGCUGGAGCGGAGCUAGUUUCAGGGCAAUCUGCCUGGGCAGGUGCGUUUCACAACAGAGUGACAGCCGGCCCUGCAAUCACAGCUCACUCCCACAGGAACCUCUCAGCGACGGGGAUCAGAUGGAUCCUCCUGGGGCUCAGAGGUUUCUGCCUCUCUGGCUGAACCCCUUUGUCAUUCAGGCCUCCAUCGGCUGCGAGCUCCACCCCAAUGGCACGUCACGGCAGUUCUGUGAUGCAGCGGUGAAUGGGGAGGAUUUCAUCAGCUUCAGCGUGGACGAGGGCACCUGGGUCGCUCAGCACAGGCAUAAGCUGGCCCUCAACUCACGGGACUUUCUUAACCAGGAUAAGAGCACGACUGCCAUGGCUCAGUUUCUCCUGAGAACAAUGUGUAUCAAUGACCUCAAGAGCUUUGUCCAGUACGGGAAAGAGUCUCUGGAGAGACAAGAGCGGCCAGUCGCCGUGGUGUUUGCACGAGCGCCUCCCCCAGCCAGGACCCCCGCGCCGGUACUGCUGGUUUGCCGGGUCACCGGUUUCUACCCCCGGCCCGUCCGCAUGGCCUGGCUGCAGGACGGGGAGGAGGUGGUGCCGGGCUGGAGGUUGAACUCCAGCGGGAUCCUGCCCAACGUGGACCUGACCUACCAGCUGCGCAGCUCCCUGUCCGUGGGGCUGGGCGAUGGGCACAGCUACGCCUGCCAGGUGCAGCACAGCAGCCUGGGGGGCCAGAGCUUGCUGAUCCCCUGGGGGCACAGCAGGCCCUGGGGCCCUGGCCUGGCCGUGGGCAUCACCCUGGGGGCUCUGGCCGUGGCCACCGUGGCCGUGGUGCUGUGGUGGAGAAUACGCAGGGGCCACCCGGACGUCAGAACGGGAGAGCCCAGAGCCUGAGGAUGCAGCACCGGCUCAGAUGUGAGGAUCUGCCCCUCACUUGGGGCCAUAGACCUUGGGGCUGAAU